AACUUUAUUAAAAAAUUGUUUUUUUUUUUUUUUUGGCCACACUGUGAGGCAUGCAAGAUCUUAGUUCCCAGACCAGGAGUCAGACCCGCACCCCCGGCAGUAGAAGCAUAGCGUCUUCACCCCUGGGCUGCCAGGGAAGCCCCGGUGCAGAGCUUUUAAACACUCAGGUGGUGUGAUUGUUUUCACAAAGCCGUGCCGCCUCUGGAGAACAUGAUUAGAGAAGAGUGGUUGUGGCGCAGACGGGAGUCCCCGUGGAUUUGGAUGGGGCUGAGGAGAAGCGAGCCGAGUCUGGAGAUGUGGAGGGACUUUCCAGGGUCCAGGUGGAUCCUGAGGUUUCCGGUAAAUGGUGCCAGCUGGAGAUGCCGAGCAGGCGGAGCAUCUGGGUCUGGAGCUCAGAUCACUUACUUCAGCCUCUGGUAUUACAACAAGCAAAAUCAGCGCCGGUGGGUGGAUUUGGAAAAGCCUCUGAAGAAGCAGCUGGAUAAGUACGCAUUGGAGCCGACUGUCUAUUUUGGAGUGGUGUUUUACGUGCCUUCGGUUUCACAGCUGCAGCAGGAGAUCACCAGGUAUCAGUAUUAUCUGCAGCUGAAGAAAGAUAUCUUGGAAGGAAACAUUCCUUGUACAUUAGAACAAGCGAUUCAGCUUGCAGGCUUAGCUGUUCAAGCUGAUUUUGGUGACUUUGAUCAGUAUGAAUCCCAGGAUUUUCUUCAGAAAUUCGCCUUGCUUCCUGUGGAGUGGUUACAAGAUGAAAAAGUGUUGGAAGAAGCAACCCAAAAAGUGGCCUUACUGCAUCAGAAGUACAGGGGUCUCACAGCUCCUGACGCGGAGAUGCUCUACAUGCAGGAGGUGGAGAGAAUGGACGGCUAUGGGGAGGAGAGCUACCCUGCCAAGGACAGCCAAGGCAGCGACAUAUCCAUCGGAGCAUGUCUCGAAGGCGUCUUUGUGAAGCACAAGAGUGGGCGGCCUCCUGCGGUGUUCAGGUGGCAUGAUAUUGCUAACAUGUCCCAUAAUAAGUCCUUUUUUGCGUUAGAGCUGGCAAAUAAAGAGGAGACCAUCCAGUUUCAAACUGAAGACAUGGAAACAGCAAAAUACGUAUGGAGACUCUGUGUUGCGAGACAUAAAUUCUACAGACUAAAUCAGUGCAGCCUGCAGACUCAGACUGUCAUAGUGAACCCAAUUAGGAGGAGGUCGUCUUCGAGGAUGUCUCUGCCCAAGCCGCAACCCUAUGUGAUGGCCGCCCCACCCCAGCUGCAGUAUAAUGGACAUUAUACAGAGCCAUACACCUCUUCCCUCGAUAACCUCUUCGUGACCAACCAGAAUGGCUUCUACUGCCACUCUCAGACCAGCCUGGACCGCGCGCAGGCCGAGCUCGGCGGGCGCGUCCGCAACGGCAGCGUGUACAGCGCGCACAGCACCAGCUCCUUGAACAGCCCGCAGCCCUACCUGCAGCCCUCGCCGGGCUCCUCGAACCCCAGCAUCACGGGCAGCGACGUCCUGAGACCCGACUACGUGCCCUCGCACCGGCACAGCGCCCUGAUCCCGCCGUCCUACCGCCCGACCCCCGACUACGAGACGGUCAUGAAGCAGCUGCAGCGCGGCCUGGCGCCGGCCGAGCGGCACAGCCGCUCGCUGCGGAAUCUCAGCCUGGUGUACAGCCAGCCCGAGAUCCGAGAGCACGCGCGCCCAGGCUCCCCGCCCGCGGCCCCCGGCGCCUUCAGCCUCAGCCACAGCUUCCACAGCCCGGCGCCCUACCCCUACGCCUCGGCGGCCGGGCGGCGCCCGGGGCUGGGCGCCGUGAGCGUGCCCGAGCUGACCAACGCGCAGCUGCAGGCGCGCGACUGCCCUGCGCCCAGCAUCCUGAGGACGCAGGUGUACCGCCCGCCGCCCCCCUACCCGCACCCGCGGCCGGCGAACAGCACCCCGGACCUGUCCCGCCAGCCGCCCGCCAGCAGCAGCCCCGACCUCAUCACGCGCCGCGUGCACCACUCCGUGCAGACCUUCCAGGAGGACAGCUCGCCGGUGGCGCACUCCUUGCAGGAGGUGAGCGAGCCACUGACAGCUGCCCGGCGCGCGCGGCUGCAGGAGCGCAACAGCAUCGAGCUGGCCGGCCUGGCGCACGGCCUCGAGGGCCUGCGGCUGCAGGAGAGGGCCGCGCCGGCCCCGGCGCCGCGGGCGGAGGACAGCGCCGUCGGGCCGCGGGGCAGCCUACAAGGCGGGCACGGAAAGUCCCUGUCCGACGCCACCGUGCUGAUCCACAGCAGCGACGAGGAUGAGGACGAGGACCCCGAGGAGGGGCCUGUGCCACCGCCCGGCUCCCGGAGCGGACGCCCCCUGGACGGCCCCCGUGCCGCACCUCCAGCCCCUGGGCCCCUGCACAUCCUGGAGCCCCAGGCCCCGGGCGCUGCGCCCGGGGAGGGCCCGCGGCCCCGGCGGGACGGGCUGUUGUCACCUUCUGCAUCUGAGUCAGACCUCACCACGUCAGGCAGGUACCGCGCCCGUAGGGACUCGCUGCAGAAGAGGCCGACAUCUGAUCUCCUCUCCGCGAAGAAGAACGCGGUGGAAGGGCUUCCGCCGCUGGGGGGAAUGAAAAAGAGCCGAGGAGAUGCAAAAAAAAUCGGUCCUCUCAAAUUGGCUGCUCUAAAUGGACUCUCCCUGUCUCGACUGCCGCUGCCUGAUGAGGAGAAGGACGUGCCGGCCAGAGCCACUAAUGAUGAGAGGUGUAAAAUUCUGGAACAGCGGUUAGAGCAGGGAAUGGUAUUCACAGAAUAUGAACGAAUUCUUAAAAAACGGCUAGUUGACGGCGAGUGCUCCACAGCCCGCCUCCCUGAAAACGCAGAAAGAAAUCGGUUCCAGGAUGUGCUUCCCUACGACGACGCCAGGGUGGAGCUGGUCCCGACCAAGGAGAACAACACCGGCUACAUCAACGCCUCCCACAUCAAGGUCUGUGUCCGUGGGAUCGAGUGGGACUACAUCGCCACUCAGGGACCGCUGCAGAACACCUGCCCGGAGUUUUGGCAGAUGGUGUGGGAGCAGGGGGUCGCGAUUAUAGCCAUGGUGACGGCGGAGGAGGAGGGCGGAAGGGAGAAGAGCUUCAGGUACUGGCCGCGCCUCGGCUCGAGGCACAACAGCGUGACCUACGGGCGGUUCAAGAUCACCACGCGCUUCCGCACGGACUCCGGCUGCUACGCCACCACGGGCCUGAAGAUGAAGCACCUGCUCAGCGGGCAGGAGCGGACCAUCUGGCACCUGCAGUACACCGACUGGCCGGAGCACGGCUGCCCCGAGGACCUCAAGGGCUUUCUGUCAUACCUCGAGGAGAUCCAGUCUGUUCGACGCCAUACGAACAGCACGAGCGAACCCAAAAGCCCGAACCCCCCGCUGCUGGUCCACUGCAGUGCGGGCGUGGGGCGGACGGGCGUCGUCAUUCUGUCGGAGAUCAUGAUCGCCUGCCUCGAGCACAACGAGGCUCUGGACGUCCCGCGGGUGUUGGACCUGCUGCGGCGGCAGCGGAUGCUGAUGGUGCAGACCCUCUGCCAGUACACGUUCGUGUACCGCGUGCUCAUCCAGUUCCUCCGGGGCUCCCGGCUCAUCUAGGCCCCACGCUCCGAGACGGUCACGGAGGUCUUCACAGCUCAGAAAGGACGGAGGCGUGCUGGCCGACUGGCGCUUUGCCCUGGCGCCGACCCCCGCGGGCGCUGCGGCGGGCGUAGGUGGCGGGAAGAAUGCAGGCCCCGGUUGGGAUGAGCGGCGGGAGGACCCGGGCGGGGCCGAAGUGGAGGCGCUGCGCUGGGAAGGAGGGUGCCGAUGGCAGGGCCGCAGCUUGCCGGGGUCCAGCUGUCUGACUGCAGAACUCGCACACAUGUGGAGAUGGUAUUUGCUGGAUCAGCUCUCUGUAUUUUACUGAAGCUAUGCUGGGCGGUUCUGGCAAUCACUAAGGCGUACAGUUUUCUAUCUUAAGCUAGUUUUUGAUAAUGGAAUUUUAUUUUAUGACGAGAAUAUUUGGGGUUUUCUUGUUGAGGAACUAAACUUUUCGUGGGGUUGAUCCAUAGAUGUGAGUGGUUCCUAGAUAACUUUGUAUUUAAAACCAUGUUAUUUUGUUAUUUUUUUUAAAAAACCUUGGGUACUUAAGUUACCAAACCCAAAACUACAACAAGAAUCUAAAAGUGUUAUUUUUGAAGUAUAGAAAGCAUUUUUAUAUUCAGAAAAGUUUUUAGUCCUAAAAGUUCUAUAUAUUUGUACCUUCUAUAUUUUCCAAGCAAGAGUUCAACUCAUUAAGGUACGGAAAUGAGUCAGUUAAUGUAAGUUAACAUGGGAAAUAAAGGCACAUUUUUAAAAAACAUGUAUGGGAAGAAUCAGAUUCACUAUUUUUUUUUCAGUAUUAUUCAUAAACCCAAAUGUGGGUUUUUUUUUUUUUUUUUGGUUGAAAAUGAAGUGAAAAACAGUUGCAUAAGAUGGGUUUAAGCACUUUUUUUGUUUGCAAACAAACCUGAGUUUUUAAUAUAUUUAUUGCCUUAUAGGUGGAACAGUACUUAACAACAGACAUUGAAAGUGUUUUGGAAGGGAUGGGGUAAGAGUGCGUAGGAUGACUAGGACGAGACUACGCGCAGAGGAAGUGCAGGAUGGUGAAUGCAAGUUGCCUGGUCUUUACGAAGCACGCAGUGUCACCUGCACUCAUACUGAGCCGCCGGGGCAGAGCGCGGUUCGGGAAGACUGGGGGCUGAAUCUCGGGAAACUCGGGCCUGUCACGGGCAGCAGCCCCCUGUUUCCUUGAAGCUCUUCCGCCUGCAGCUCUCUUCCUUUUUUUUUUUUUUUAAACAAAUCAGGUUUAAAAGAAGCCACAAAGAGGCUUUUGUUUUCUUUUGGUUGAAAGAAGGCAUGGAUUAAUAGUCUCACCUCCUCUCCCCACACCACAGCCCAGACCUGCGGGGCCUCCGGAGGCGACCGUGGUGUCCAAGACCUCCCGGGGUUUCCUCUCCUCAAUCCUCUAGCUUCCCCGUGCGGCCGUCUCCGGCUCCCGCACCUCCGCUCCCCGGGGUUUCCUCUCCUCAAUCCUCUAGCUUCCCCGUGCGGCCGUCUCUGGCUCCCGCACCUCCGCUCCCCGGGGUUUCCUCUCCUCAAUCCUCCAGCUUCCCCGUGCGGCCGUCUCUGGCUCCCGCACCUCCGCUCCCCGGGGUUUCCUCUCCUCAAUCCUCUAGCUUCCCCGUGCGGCCGUCUCCGGCUCCCGCACCUCCGCUCCCCGGGGUUUCCUCUCCUCAAUCCUCUAGCUUCCCCGUGCGGCCGUCUCCGGCUCCCGCACCUCCGCGCCCCCCAGGCCCCUUUCAGGCCCCGCCCCGCGGGCAGGGGCACUGCGAAGGGCUGGUCCCCGCGGGCCGAGGAGGUGAGGAGGACUGGCCCGCGCCUUUAGCUGAGGAGCCCUCUUCUUCCUGAGGCUGCUUCUCCAACACGUCGAGCUUCCGAAACAUCAAACCCAGGGUUCCUUCCCCCAGUGAGCGGUAUCCGAGGGACGGUUCCGAUGCCGGGUUCGCUCCUAAAGCGGUUCCGCUCACUGUUGCACCACUGAGUCUGUGGUUAGCUGUGAGACUGGGUUUCCUUCUUACAGCGGGUCCCUGCCUAACUCUGACCCAGAAACCAGCCCCUUUAGAGGAAAUGCAGAGGGCAUCAAUGAAAGUGAAUAUUGGAAGUGGGCCUCUUUCUCACUUGGGAACAAAGAAUUGAUUUUAAGUCUAAAAUGAUUUUAAAGAACAAUAGACCCAAGUGUAGAUAUUCAGAAGGCGCUCUCCAGGAGAAUGGGUUAAGAGUUUUUUAGUGCAGUGUUUCCCAUCUUCACACCAGGUAAAGGACAGGUGUGUUUCCUCAUACUUUCUUCCUCCAUUGGUACUUUUUUUUUUUUAAUGCUUUUCUGUCAGGUUUAAACAUUUUGAAGUGUCCCGUUGACAAGAACAUAUUGUAAAACAAAAAUUUAAAGAGUAAUAUAUGGUAUGUUUGUGUUCCUGUCAUAAUAAUUUGAUUAUAAGAAAAUUACUUACGAGGGCUAAAUUACACUGUGUAAAUGUCACUCUUAAAACUCGCAUGUUUGACAUAGCUUCUAAGACCCAUGUAAUUUUUCUGUGUCCGUUUUGAAUUUUUAAACUUUUGAUGAAGAGUUAGAGAAUAUGAAAGUAUUUCUGAAUAAAAAUAAAUCUACA